AUGUCUGACUUCCCUACACCUCCACCGGACAUCACUGUUCACAGUCCACACGAAGCCUCCGAAGCUCUGAGCGUUAUCGACCAUGCCCUACAACGAUUGAAAGAUGAAGAAGCGCGCCGACAUGAACACCCUUCGACAUCUUCCACGCCCAACCCACCUCUCAGUCCAAACUAUCCAGAGGCAUUCAGGGCUGGAGGCUCGCGGCUCAAGCAAUUCGAUGAAUCCCAGAUGGUCAGCAGGCUUGUAUCGCAGGCAGCAACGCCUCCACGUUCAGUUGUGGGGAUCGGCGGUAAAGUGGCGAAGCCGGACUACUCGGAAGAGAAGAUCGUGCUAGCUAUGGUUGGACUUCCCGCGCGUGGCAAGUCCUACUUGAGUAAUAAGCUCACCCGGUACCUUCAAUGGCUGGAAUACGACGUCAAAGUCUUCAACGUGGGCCAACUGCGUCGUACCCGUGCGAAGGAGAAGCGCGAGAAGGGAAUCACAGAAGAGCAUACCGCAGACUACUUCAGUAAUAGCAAUGCAGCUGGGACCCAAUCGAGAGAAGAACUCGCACAAGAGUCGCUGGAGAUGUUGAUCGACUGGCUCAAGAGCGGUGGGAACGUCGGUGUACACGAUGCAACGAACAGUACCGCUGAGCGAAGGGCCUGGAUCAAAGAGCGCGUAGCCCGUGAGAAGGGCAUCGUAGUCAUCUUCCUCGAAUCACUGUGCGACGACCCAGCAGUUAUCGCUGCCAACGUUGCGUUGAAGGUCAGCUCCGGUGACCCCGAUUACAAGGACAUGCCUCCGGAGAAGGCGAAGGCGGACUUCUUGCGGCGUAUCGAGGAGUACGAGAAGGUCUACCAGACUAUCACUGAACCUGAGGACCUGUCCUACUUGCGCAUCAUCAACGUCGGUCGGCAAGCGGACGUAGUUCGCAUACAUGGUUACCUUCAGAGUAGGAUCGCUUUUUACCUGAUGAACCUUCACCUCAAGCCACGAGCCAUCUUCUUCUCUCGACAUGGCGAGAGUCAAUACAACGUCGAAGGCAAGAUUGGAGGUGAUGCACCCUUGUCUGAACGAGGAGCACGCUACUCUCGAACGCUCCCUCAGUUGAUCAAGGAUAACAUCGGCGAUGCACCUUUGACUGUUUGGACGUCUACCCUUCAGAGAACGAUACAGACAGCGGAGAAUCUCGACUAUCCCAAACUCACCUGGAAGUCUCUCGACGAGCUUGACGCUGGAGUCUGCGACGGUAUGACCUAUGAGGAGAUUGAGCAGGCUUACCCCGAAGACUUCGCCAAUCGUGAUGAGGACAAGUUCAACUACCGCUACCGAGGUGGUGAAUCGUAUCGGGAUGUCGUUGUCCGUCUUGAGCCCGUUAUCAUGGAACUUGAGCGACAGGAGAACGUUCUUGUCAUUGGCCACCAGGCCAUUCUCCGCUGCUUAUACGCCUACUUUCACAAUCUCCCGCAAGCCGAUCUACCCUAUAUCAAGAUACCUCUGCAUACAGUCAUCAAGCUUACACCGAAGGCAUAUGGUUGUGACGAAGAGCGGUAUGCUCUACCCAUCGGCGCUGUCGACACACAUAGGCCAAAGCCGGGAGCUUCGCAGCCGGUGGUUCCGCCCUCAAUCAGUAGACGAGAGUACUACACGCCCACGGAUCCCAAGUCGGUCAAAUAA